AUGGCAGCUUCGUGGUCAUCCUCAACCUCACAUCGCCCUCCCGUUCUCCUCAGUACAAAUCCAGACCUCAUGAACAGACCGGCAGUAGUCCAGAAACGGAGGCUGUCCAGAGUCCCUGGCGGCUUUGAUACGGACGACGAGCUCUCCCCGAUGAAAAUGGAGUUUGGGGACGAAGCUAAAGUGACCAGAGUGCGCAGUUACGAUGAUGCCAAACUGGAGCAAUCAGGACAGCAAGAAUGUGAUGAAAGAGGACGCCGGCCAUGGGAUGAGAAGGAGAAUAUACCCGACCGCAGCAGCAAUUUGCUUAUGAGCCAGGAUGUUACGUAUAAUACAAGUCAGGAUGGCGAUGACGAUGACGAUGACUAUAGCAAUAACAACAAGAAUGGGUCACGGUUACUAAGCUCCCGAGAUCCACCCUUGUCAUGGCCACCUCGCCAACAACCGCACCCGUCACAGAAUUCCUCGCGAUCUCACGAUGUGCCUGGCGACGAUUAUUCAUCAGCGUCGAUUCCACCUCCCAGCGCUGACUACACCGACUCCAGUAGUCUGUUUCACCCUUUUCCCAUUCACUAUUCCAGACGUUAUGAUACCAUGGACGGCUCUACCAAUACUAACGACCAUAACGACGACCCAGAUCACGAGCACGAUGAUAGCAGUCAUGACAACGACCAUGGGAUCAUCUUCGACCACGAAAACGAAAACUCCAAUGAGAGCUACAACGACCAGACGCUACCUAAUCAGACUGCCCUAGAUGAGAAAGAAAUGCGCCAGAAACUGAUGGACAUUGAAUCGAGCUUUGUCCCUGAGCCCUCUGCCAUCGACGUCGCUGCUACUCCAGGUCUACGCGCCCCAGAUGAUACAUACUUGGUUGGCGUGGAUGUUGGGGCUUCAUCACAGAUUGAGGAAGGUGAUAGUCGAGAAACUCCCUCGUCCCCUUCCACGCCUCCAGGCGCGUACAAAACUCCAGCUGCUCACCGCGCGACUGGAUUGGACCCGUCGCUCUUCGGGGAGGAAGGGGAUUCAGCACAGCACAGGAACUACAACCAUGACCAAGAUAAUGAUGACCAAAAAGGCCCUGAUGUGACCCCCUCCGCCAAAGGGAAUGACACUGUGAACACUUCAUCGUUGGAGACGAUUUCAUCCUCUCCAACUGCGGCUGCUGCUGCAAGGACGGUCUCGAGGAUUAUCUCCUCUGCUCAGUCGAGGUCGAGUCUUCGGAGCAAUUCGUCCCAGCGCCGCCGUCAAUAUGCUGAGCGAGACCUUUCCAGCACCGAUGAUGAUAAUGUGGGUAACACGCCGCGCCGGCCGACGCGAAAUGUUUCCCCAGUUUCGAAGCAAUUACAAGAUACUACGGGUGUCAGUGGAAGUGAGGGCGAUACACAGCAUAGUUCGGGUCAAUCUUCGGAGCGCCGACAUAGAAGACCCAAGUUCCUGACGAGUCGGCAGUCUGUUCACCGCUUCUCGACCUCUUCUGCUGCGACGGUGACCACGGAUACUGCAUCAGAAGCAACUAUGGGAGUCGAUUUUGCACUCCAGUCCGGCGGAGCCGCCCCUGGAAACAACAGCAGCCAGCGCUCACACAGCCACGGCAGACGUAAGAAGAUGGAGCUGUCAAGAUCGAUAAGUCUUGGGAGCAUGGCGUCUGGCGUAUCAGCAAUGAGCGACGAGAACUCGUUGGAGCCGCGGAGAGGUUUCAGUGGAGUUUCAGAAGCAAGCUUACAGACCCUCAACGAAGAGGAAUCCACUGCCCAGGCCCGUCCGGGAUCAUCGGGGAAUAAGUCUGUAACGGACCCCAUGACUCCCAGAGCUCAACCGCGGGAUCUGCCACCACCCGGCACCAUCAUUGCGGACCAUACGAAGGAUAUCCCUAUUCCAGCCACCCUCGUGCGCCAGUUCCGCGAAACUAAUCUUGGCAUAUCCCCGGACAAGCGUGGUGGUGCCCCAACACCCGCCUUUGGCCGGAGUGGCAAGUCUCUAACGCUUAAAGAACAGAGCAGCACGAUUGAUAGGUUGUCGAAAGAGAAUUUCGAUCUGAAGAUGCGCAUUCAUUUCUUAAACGAGGCCCUUGAUAAGCGGUCCGAGGAGGGCAUCAAGGAAAUGAUUUCUGAAAAUGUCGAGCUCAAAUCGGAUAAGCUUAAGUUGCAGAAGGAUAAUCAGGCGCUGAGAAGGAAUGUUCGUGAUUUGGAGAAGUCGCUUCGCGAGCGUGGGCAGGGGGGUCAGGAGGGGAAGGAGAAGUUUGGGGGUCAGAAUGGGGAGGAGGCUUCUGAUGAGGAUGGCCAGGGGCAGGGACAGGGUGGUGGUGUGGAUGAGGAAGAGCUGACAUACCUGCGCGAGAGGAUUGAGACAUAUGAGGUAGAGAUUGAGAGAUUACGGUCUGAGAGUAUCUCGAGGGAAAGUGAGAAGCGGAAGUUGGCUGAGCUGGUUAAGUCUUUGGGAGAGGGGAGGGUGGCUAUUGGCUCCGAUGCUGGGGCAAGAGAGGAGAGGGAUAUGUGGAAAGACAUGCUUGAUGCAGAAACUGCAGCUAGAGAACAGGCCGAAGAAGAAAACAGGAAGCUUCGAGAUGAGAUCUUACGCAUGAAACCCGAUACAAUACCCGGCAGCCGUUCCGGAGGCUCCCGUGUUGGGAAACUGUCUAUCAUCUCUCGAUCUACCAUGUCCGACCGCGAUGGGGAUCGGAAUGCCGUUGUUAGCACGAAUUCCAACACCACUCUUGUCGAACUGGAGCUUCUCAAGCAGGAAAAUGCUGAGUUGCGUCGGGAAGUCAGUGCACAGACGUCCAUGCUCACGUCCCGUAAUCGCGAAAAGGAAAGACUGUACCAGGAAAUUGAAGACCUGAAGCUGGGCCAGCGUAGAGCUGACGGUGGCCGGUCAGUGGCUGGUGAUAGUAUCUUUGAGCGUUCGGUCUCCCGCGCCCAGGACAGAUCUAAUUCCCAUACCAGUGAUGGGGCGAAAUCCCGAGCCAGCGAUGCGGAAUGGGAAAGUCUCGAGAUCAAGAAUGGUGAACUCCGAGACCACGUGUCGACGCUUAAGCUUGAGAAUCAAAGUCUUCGCGCUCAGCUGGAUGAAUGCAUGAGUGAUCUGGAGGCGCUGGAUCGUGCUUAUCAAGCAGACGUGGAGCAAGCUGAGGAGGACUUGCAAACUAUGCAAUUUGAGCGGGAUCAGGCAUUGCAGAUUUCUGAGGAGCGGGAGGAGGCGUUGCAGGAUCUCAAGGCGGAAGCGCAGGAGGAGAUUGAUGCUUUGGGCGAUGAGCUGGAUCAGAAGAUUGACGAGUGUCAGCGCAUGGAGGUUGAGUUGAGUAAUCAGCAGGAGAAUUUGAAGGCUCUGCAGGCGGAAAUGCGAUCGGCGAGUGAGGGGAUCAUUAGGCUUGAGCAAGAUGCCCAGAAUAACUUGCAGAAAUAUAAAUCUGUGCAGCAGGAGCUGGACGAUGCCAAUCGGGAACUGGAGCAGAUGGAGAAGAGUCUCUUUGAGGCUAAUAAUAAGGUGCAGCGUUUGACUGUUCAACAGGAGUCUAGUCAGAAUGAAAUCUCGUUCCUCCGUGAGGAGCAGGAUGGCGAUAAAAUUAAGAUUGGCGAUUUGGAGUCUGAGUUGAAAACAUGUCAGAUGAGUUAUCAGAAUGAGAAGGAUAGAGCUAAGGAGCUUGAGGAUCGUCUUGCAGAGGAAAGGCAUCAGCGUGAAGUUGUUGGUAGUAAAGAGAAGCAAGAGGUUCAGCGGAUUAUAAACGAGCUCAACCGCGAAGCCACCGCGGCUAAGGACGAGGUUCGUAAAUUGAAGAAAAGCCUCUCCUCGAGGGAGAUUGAAGCUACGACAUGGAAGGAGCGCUUGAUGGAGUUGGAGAACAGCCUUCGUGAAGCCCUUGGUGACCUUAAUGGCACCAGGUCAAGUUUGCUCGCUUCAAUAACUAAGCUGCAGCAGGAACUGGAUUCGACCGCUCUGGAGUUGGAGAGUACCCGCACCAAACUUGAUGAGAAGGAAACCUUACUUCGCAAUCGUGAUGCCCUUCUCGAAAGUCAUGGCCUGGAGACUCGGAAGCUCGCCGAUCUUUUGGAAAGAGAGCGACAGGCACAUCGUGCAGAUAAACAUUCCUUCGAACAGUCACUGAAGAAUCAUCAUCAAGCUUCACGGACAAUCUCCCAGAAUAAUUCGCGUAUCACAGACUUGGAGGCUGCGCGAAGUCAGGACCGGAAACGCUUCAGUGCCCUUGAACAACAGUAUAAAGACCAGCUGAACGAGCGGAAUGCCAUGUUCCUUAAUAUUUGGAAACGGCUUUCUGCCAUGUGUGGUCCUGAUUGGGCCCAUUCGAAUAGCCUGAUCAAUGGCAACUUGCCCAGCCAAGAGGUUAUCGGGAACAUGCUAUUCUGGCCUGGAUUCAGCCGUAAUCUCCUCCUCGCAGUUAAGACGGUCGAGAACCUAAUUGGCGGUUUCAAGACGCGGAUCAAGUCUGUGGAACGUGAAUUGACAAAGGAAUACCAAAAUCUCGAACAUAGUCUGAACGUGCGUGUCAAGAAACUCGAGCGGUUGGAGGAGAUGGUUCAGAAUUUCAAAUCCGCUCAACAGCAACAACACCACCACCACCGGUCGACCUCGUCGAACGCUACCAGCCCCGAGAUCUCAAAACUCAGGGGCGAGAAUAGGUUGUUGAAAGCGGAGCUUAAUCUUCUCCAAUCUCAUUCGCGCGCUCGUGCCGCUAAUGCCGUCGCCGCCGCUGCUGGAGGCGGAGGACAAGCAGGGAGUGCAAGAGGCGCUCCAAGACCAUCCCCUUCCAACAUCGCUGCCAACACCUUCUCCCACUACAGCUCCACAACAACGGCAGUCGACAGUGCCUCCGCAGCGGGCGGCAAACCACAAGCUCAAGGGCCAGUGCCCAGUCGAAGCCCCAGCAACGUCUCCCGCGGCUCUUCCGGCAUCCUCCAACCAACCCACUAUUCCUCUUCAGCAAACCUAAACAACAAUCCCAUUGCAGCUGCAACCACCACUUCCACCUCCACUCAAGUUGCCCAACAGCAAGCGCAAUACCAUCACACCUCUUCUCCCCGGAACUCACAUCCCAACAGUGAACCAUCGCAUGAGAAAUGGAUAAAAAGGUUGCAGGAGCUCGAACGGCGCCUAACUGCUGAGCGCGAGGCCCGCUUACUCGACCGCUCUGGCGCACGCAAGAGGCUAGAGGAGCAGAAUGCGCGUAAUGAGCAGCUUGAGGCUGAAUUGGCUAGGCAGAGGAUGCGACAACAGUCUCGGGGGGCUAUUGCCAAUGCAACCAAUGGCAGUAACAGUGUUAGUGCAGAACCUGGCAGCGGGGGGGCAGGAGGUGGUGGAAACGCCAGCGGAAACGGAACCGGUCCCACAGCGCCGACACGCCACCUUUCCGCCCCUCCCACCACCAUCGCUCAUGAUACGGACAGUAAGCGGGCGAGAAGGGCUACCACUGCUUCUUCCUAUCAGCAUCGUCGUAGCGCCGCGGGCGAUGACACAGAUCACGAUGGUGAGGGAAGCUGCGAUGCUGAAGAGGGUGAGAGGGUCGUUAUAGACCACAGCGCCGGCAGCGGCAGUGGCGGAGCAUAUCAGAAAUGCCAGAGUCAGAGUCACAGCCGCAGUCGACAGGCCCAUAAACCCUCCAGUUCUACUACUGCGAGCUCGACACGUCGCGAGCGUUCGCAUUCGUCGUCGGGCCGCCGGCGUCAACAUCGGCGAGAUUCGCACUAUGGGACGGGGACUGGCGGGGAGACGGAUGAGUAUGAUGGGGGUGAUGAUUAUGAGGAUGAUUAUGACGAGGAUUAUGAUGGGCAUGGGUCUGGAUCGGAUAGAGAUGGUAGUGAGGGUGGGUUGACUGUUGAAGUUGAGGUUUAG